ACAUCUCUUGUGGAAUUCAUCUUCCAUACUUGAAAAAGUCUAAACGUUUUGAUCUCAUAGAACUAUACAAUUUUUGUGUUGUUAUUCUCUGCUGUACCUAAGAAGCUCUUGUGUUGAAGUAAAGAAUCACUAUAUUCUUCUUUGUUGCAACAAGUUGGAUUGGGACUCUGUAAGGUCUUUUUCUCAAUUUUCAAUUUUACCUCUGAAUAGAAAUAAUAGAUGAUGAAAUUAUAUGGCCAAUUUGAUUUCUUCUUGUUUUCUUUCCCAUAUUUUAACAGAAGGAGAAUGGGUUAAGAAUGUAAAUGCUGCCUGAGAAAAUUAGGUUAGGGACUUCAAUAGAUGAGUGACUCUAUGGUUGUCUAAAAUGAAAAUAAACUUGUUUUUUUUCUUUUUCUUUCAUGAAAUAUAUGGUGAGACAGCACAAACUUUUUAUUUAUAUUCUGAGUAUUAUUUGGUCAAGCUAACUAUGCUAAACUAACAAUAUUUCUAAGGGAAUGAACUUCUAAUUUAUGUUCAGAUUAAUCAUCUAAAAUUCUCAUCUUUUAAUCUAAGGUAGAUCUGUUUUCUCUUAUCUAAUUAUAUUUGUGAAUUGUGACUGAUAUGUUGGUUUAAUUUUUUAAACUCGUGUUGUGUUAAGCUAGUGUUAAAUGGCUAGAAAGUAGAAUCAAUGCUAACGCCUUCUCUUAUCACUUGAUACCAAUUCCAUUAAUGUCUAUCCUGGUCUGAUCAUGUGGCUUCCAAGUUAUUCUUUCAAGUGUGGUGAUCUCAAAUCUCAAUGCUUUUCUCAGUCUAGGUUGUUCAAGAGAAAUUCAAUGUUCUACCAGCACCAUGAUUUGUUUGAUAGAAAGCAAGCUCACAUUGGUUGAGAAAAGACAUAUCAGGUUUUAAUUGCAGGCCAGUCAAUAAAGUUUUAUUACAAAUUAGGCCCAAUUCUAAGUAUUUCCUCUGUUUUACCAGUCUUUGCUUUCUGGUCCAUAAGUGGGGUUACACAACUGAAAAUGAAGCACAACUUGGCCUACAAAGAAGCCAAAACAUAGCAGAUUUAAAAGUUAAUGUCAUAUUAAAUUCUCUGUUCAUCGAUAUCAGUUUGUAUUUAAAGUUGACGGUAUUUUGUAAACAAUCCAUCUAUUUUACAGCUGCGAUGUUUCAAACUUACUGCAUAAAUAUCAAUCAAAGGUAGAUGCCAGACAGUCAGUAGUUUGAUGUCGAAGAAAUAUUAAUCUGAAUUUGAAGUUUAGGAGUAUAGGUUUCUAUCCGCACUAGUAUAGUCUAUGUAAUUUGUAGUUUAGAUUCACUAUUCUUUUUUUAGACUUUUUUUUUAUAUCUGAUAGUUUAUUGAGCUUAUGUUAUGUUCAAAUGGACCAUCAGCUUAGACCAAGUCAAAAGCAAUUUCCAAGGAUCACAGAACACCUCAAAAUCAUAUUAGCUUUGAACUUUGAGCUAUUUGAUUUCAUAUUAGACAGAUUUAUAAAUUUCAAUGAAUAAUAGCUAGGGCAAGUGUCAAAAAUGCAUUGUAACGUAAAAGCUUUUUCAUUUCUUCAACUGUAGCAUUUUGGUAGUUGCAGGUACAGAACUACGAAAUCAUAAUGAAUGAGCAGCAAAGGAUCACUGAUGUUGCUUCUUCCUCUAACUCUUCAUCUAUGUCAUCUUCUAAACAAUAUGAUGUUUUCCUGAGCUUUCGAGGUGAAGACACUCGAAGGAGCUUCACAAGCCAUCUAUAUGAAUCUUUGAAUGAAGUGAAAGUCCAAACCUAUAUAGAUGAUCGACUUGAAAAGGGAGAAGAAAUCUCACCUACACUCACCAAAGCCAUCGAAAAUUCUCGUGUAUCUAUUGUCAUUUUCUCAGAGAACUAUGCUUCCUCAAAGUGGUGCUUGGGUGAACUCAUCAAGAUUAUGGAAAGCAAGAAAGAAAAAGGACAGAUUGUGAUUCCAGUUUUCUACAACAUAGACCCAUCCCAUGUGAGGAAGCAGACAGGGAGCUAUGAGCAAGCCUUUGAAAAACAUGAGGGAGAACCCAGAUGCAACAAAUGGAAAACUGCUCUCACUGAAGCAGCCGGUUUAGCUGGGUUUGACUCUCGAAAUUACAGGACUGAUCCUGAAUUACUUAAGGACAUUGUUGGAGCUGUUUUGCGAAAAUUGCCUCCUAGAUACCAAAACCAACGUAAAGGACUGAUUGGAAUUGAGGACCAUUGUAAACAGAUUGAGUCGUUACUAAAAAUUGGUUCAAGUGAAGUUAAAACCCUUGGAAUAUGGGGUAUGGGUGGUAUAGGUAAAACCACCCUUGCUACUACUUUAUAUGACAAACUGUCUCAUAAGUUUGAAGAUGCUUGCUUCCUCGCAAACUUGAGUGAACAAUCAGACAAGCCCAAAAAUCGUAGUUUUGGUAAUUUUGAUAUGGCUAACUUAGAGCAAUUAGAUAAAAAUCAUAGUAGGCUUCAAGAUAAAAAAGUUCUCAUUAUCCUAGAUGAUGUCACUACCUCAGAGCAAUUAGAUAAAAUAAUUCCAGAUUUUGAUUGUGAUUUCUUGGGACCAGGAAGUAGAGUCAUUGUUACAACAAGAGAUAAACAAAUACUUAGCCGAGUUGAUGAAAUAUAUCCGGUUGGGGAAUGGAGCUUUGAUAAGUCUCUUCAGCUUUUCUGUUUGACUGCUUUUGGAGAAAAACAACCUAAUGAUGGCUAUGCGGAUCUAUCAAGAAUGGUGGUUUCCUAUUGCAAAGGUAUUCCUUUGGCUUUAAAAGUCUUGGGUGCAAGUCUUCGAUCAAGAAGUAAAGAAAUCUGGGAAUGUGAAUUGAGAAAACUUCAGAAGAUUCCAAAUAAGGAAAUUCAUAAAGUAUUAAAACUAAGUUAUGAUGGCUUAGAUCGUUCGGAGCAGGACAUAUUUCUAGACAUUGCAUGUUUCUUCAAAGGACGAGAUAGAUGUUGGGUAACAAGAGUACUGGAAGCUUUUGAGUUCUUUCCAGCACCUGGGAUAAACAUCCUUUUAGAUAAAGCUCUCAUAACAAUUUCAGAUAGCAAUCUGAUAUUAAUGCAUGACUUGAUACAAGAAAUGGGUCGAGAAAUUGUUCAUCAAGAAUCUAAAGACCCAGGAAGACGAACCCGAUUAUGGAGACAUGAGGAAGUGCACGAUGUAUUGAAAUAUAACAAGGGAACUGAUGUUGUUGAAGGCAUAAGUUUAGAUUUGUCUAGAUUAAAUGAGGAUCUAAAUUUGAGCUCCAAUUCCCUUGCAAAGAUGACUAACUUGAGAUUUCUUCGAAUUGAUGGAGAAAGCUGGCUGAGUGACAGAAUUUUUAACGGGUACCUUCCUAAUGGUCUUGAAUCAUUGUACCUUUCUAAUGAUGUUGAGCCAUUGUACUUUCCUGGUCUUGAGUCACUAGUACUGUACUUUCCUAAUGGUCAUGUGUCAUCGUACCUUCCUAAUGGUCUUGAGUCAUUUUACUUUCUUGAUGGUCCUGUGUCAUUGUACCUUCCUAAUGGUCUUGAGUCAUUGUACUUUCCUAGUGGUCUUGAGUCAUUGUCUAAUCAACUAAGGUACCUUCACUGGGAUCUAUGUUAUCUUGAGUCUUUGCCACCUAACUUUUGUGCUGAACAGCUAGUAGUGCUUCACAUGAAAUUUAGCAAGCUUAAAAAGCUUUGGGAUGGGGUUCAGAAUCUUGUAAAUUUGAAGGAAAUUGACCUUUCGUAUUCCGAAGACCUCAUUGAGAUCCCAAACUUAUCUGAAGCAGAAAAUCUUGAAAGCAUUUCACUUUCAGGUUGCAAAAGCUUGCAUAAACUCCAUGUUCAUUCAAAAUCUCUCCGUGCAAUGGAACUUGAUGGUUGUUCAUCUCUCAAGGAAUUCUCAGUAACAUCAGAGAAAAUGACAAAAUUGAACUUAUCUUACACCAAUAUAAGUGAAUUGUCAUCAUCAAUUGGUCACUUGGUGUCUUUAGAAAAGUUAUACUUAAGGGGAACUAAUGUUGAGAGCUUGCCUGCAAAUAUCAAAAACCUUUCAAUGCUGACAAGCCUUCGGCUAGAUGGUUGCAGGAAACUCAUGUCUCUACCGGAGCUUCCACCAUCCUUGAGAUUGCUUGAUAUAAAUGGUUGUAAGAAGCUCAUGUCACCAUCCCAAAGACACAACAUAAAACUUAAGAAAAUAUAUAAAUAUGUACUAAAAAAAAUUUCUAUAUUGUUUUCUAUAUUGUUUUAUGUAGUUUUAUGUACAAUUAUGUUAUCUCUUUUUAUUCAAAUUAAAAUACACCCGAAUUUCACAAGCCAUCUAUAUAAAUCUUUGAAUGAAGAAAAAGUCCAAACCUAUAUAGAUGAUCAACUUGAAAAGGGAGAUGAAAUCUCACCAGCACUCACCAAAGCCAUCGAAGAUUCUCAUGUAUAUAUUCUAAUUUUCUCAGAGAACGAUGCUUCCUCAAAAUGGUGCUUGGGUGAACUCAUCAAGAUUAUGGAAUGCAAGAAUGAAAAAGGACAAAUGGUAAUACCAGUUUUCUACAACGUAGAUUCAUCCCAUGUGAGGAAGCAGACAGGGAGCUGUGAGCAAGCCUUUGAAAAACAUGAGGGAGAACCUAGGUGCAAGAAAUGGAAAGCUGUUCUCACUGAAGCAUUCAAUUUAGCUGGGUGGAACUCUCGAACUUAUAGGACUGAUCCUGAAUUACUUAAGGACAUAGUUGGAGAUGUUUUUCGAAAAUUGCCUCCUAGAUACCAAAACCAACGUAAAGGACUAGUCGGGAUUGAGGAACAUUGUAAAAAGAUUGAAUAUUUACUAAAAAUUGGGCAAAGUGAAGUUAAAACCCUUGGAAUAUGGGGCAUGGAUGGCAUAGCCUUAAUUGGUAAUAUUUGGUGUUCUACCUAUGAAGAUGGCAUAGAGGUCAGCUGGGACAGAAGUCUUUCAUCUGCCACCAUAAAGUCUGUCCCUGAAGCAAAAAAGAAAAUGUCUAUUCGAACAAAUCGCUUUAAAGCAGUGGAUAGAGUGUUGAAGGAUCUGGAGAGAGUAGAAAAAGAAGGGAAAUUGAAUGAUUUGAAGUCUGAGUUGAACAAGAUAAAGGAGGUGUUUUUGAAGGUGAAGGAGAAUGAAGAAGAACUCCUUGACACUUGCUGCCAGCUGCCAGCUGCUGCCUCAUCUGGACAAUCAUCUCAUCAUGCUCAAGCUGCUCUCUCAUCUGGACAAUCAUCUCAUCAUGUCACUCCACUCCCUUCUUCCACCACUCCACAACUUCAUCAGGAGGAGGACUUGCAAAUUAUUAAGGACUAUUGUAACAACCUUGAUCCUUAUGACAAACGUUGCUUCUCAUCUCUCAUCUUGCAGUUUCCUGAAAAUGCUGUUUUCAAGAGAAGGGAAUUAAUCGCUCUCUGGUUCUCUCGGUAUGGUGAUUAUAUUUGGCCUGCAGAGAAACGGGUUGAUCCUCUUUUGAGAAGUAAAGUAAUUGUACCCCAUGGUAAUGGCAAGUCUCCCAUUGCGAGUAAAUUUAAAAUUAAUCCGUUGGUCCGUCACAAGUCACUAAGUCCAUUGUUUCAAAAUGAGGAAGUGCCGAUUUGUGGUUAUUAUUCACAAAUAAAGACCUCAUCUUCAUCUCGUGCCAGUGAUAUUGGGUAUGAACGUUUAGUACUUGACCAACGUAAAAUUAAAUUAAGUGAUGGCUUUGGCUUUAAAUCUAACCGUUGCUUUUAUAUUCAUAAUGUUGGUGCAAGUUAUCUUAAUUUUGGACCCGGAUGGAUGGCCAAAAUGAAGGAUUUGCAGGUGCUUCAACUUGGUCGUUGGACGAAAGAUUCACCAAAACAUCAUAUUGAAGUGGACAGUGAAGAAUUCCUCAAGGAGUUGAGUGGUCACGAGUAUUUCAGAUGUCUUAGCCUUCGAGGGAUAUCAAGAAUAUUCGAGCUUCCACCUUCCAUCGUAAAAAUUGAGAGCCUAGAAACUCUAGAUCUCAAGGCCUGUCACAAUCUAGAAACGCUACCUAGUGAUAUUUCAUCAUUGCAAAGUCUCUGGUAUUUGAAUUUGUCUGAGUGCUACUUGUUGGACAGAAUGCCAAAGGGGAUUGAGAACCUGACUGUGCUUAGGGUACUGAAGGGAUUUGUAUUAGGUAGUUCUAGCAAGACUCCCUGCCGAAUAUCUGAUAUUGCUGCAAGAUUGAAAAGACUAGAGCGACUCAGCAUACGUAUAGGAAGUGGGGCCGUGAUCCAAGAUGGGGAGUUUGAAAGCUUGGAAGAGUUGUCAAAACUAGAGCAUCUAAAAAUAUCAUGGGGUGUAUUUGACACAAGGUACAUUGAUAUUCAGAUAAGUGUGCCUUCAAGUUUGAAAAAGUUGCAUCUUGAAGGCUUUCCUGGCCAAAAUAUUCCAGAAUGGUUGAAGCCUAGCAAACUACCUCAAGAAUUGGAAUUGAGAGAGCUACAUAUAACAGGAGGAAAACUCGAAAGUUUGGAUCAUGGUGAAAAUAAUGAUUGGGGUGUGGAGAUGGUGUAUCUCAAGUACCUAAAGGAUUUGGAUGUUGACUUGGAACAUUUGAGAAAGUUGUUUCCUUCUCUAAGGUACGUAGAAAUAAAACAAAUCUUAAACCAGCCAUACCUUGAAUGGAGCAUUAAUUGAACAGAGGUUACAAUAAGUCUAGCAUUAAAUGCUCCAUAUAUAAUUUUUUUUGUUUUUUUUAAUAUAUUAUUAGUGUAUGUUGACGUUUUUUCUA